AUGUCUUCAACUGAGUUGCCUUCAUUGGCUAAAAGAGUUGGUCAGAUCUCCUGUGCGAUUACCUGGUGCUUGCUUGCUGCUGGUCCGGUGUUUGGGUUUGCUGCCUUGAAACCAAUUCUUAUCAAAGAAGGUGUUUAUGCAGAAAAAUGUACUUCCAAAGCUGACCUAGUGGUGACCCUAGGCAAUUCUACAUUAGUGAACUCCUUGUUAUCGCUUACCAAUAUUGAGAAGAACCUGUCACCUUGCGCUGAACAAGACCUCCUGUUGAACUUUAUGUUCACUUUGGCUGCUGUGGUUACAAACAUUGCAGCAUUACCUGUGGGGUCCAUUUUGGAUGAGUAUGGACCAAGAGUGAGUGGAAUAAUUGGUUCUGGUCUUAUCCUUGUUGCUACAUUGUUGUUGAAGUUUGGAAAGCCUCUCUCUAACUACUUUGAUGCCUACAGUAUCGGGUACGCAACCUUGGCCCUUGGUGGUCCAUUUGUAUUCAUCUCGUCUUUCCAGUUGGCUAAUAGCUUCCCCAAAAACUCAGGAUUGAUUUUGGCUCUUUUGACCGGUGCUUUCGAUAGUUCUUCUGCACUUUUCCUUGUGUACAGAUUGAUCUAUACUAAUAUUCACAAGGUCACCCUUGAUCAUUUUUUCACUUAUUACCUUGCUGUGCCCAUUUUCAUAUUUUUAUGCCAAAUUUUCGUUAUGCCUAGAGAUUCAUACAAGACAAUGGGUACCCUUGCUAAAAUUGGUGAAAUGGCCAUUGAUGAAACUGGAAGACCGUUAAACCCUGAUAACCUUUACCCAGAAGACAGAGAUCCAAACUCAGCACCUGGGUCGGGAGCUGUCACACCUAGCGAGUCAACUGCUUUGCUUAUGAGAAGAGCAUCUCUUUCUGCUAGAAGAGCAUCUACUGUUUCUAGAGCUUCCUAUACCUCAAGAACGUCUGUCAAGUCGGUGUAUGAACAAGAUGCUGAAGAAGAAUUGAUUGAAAACUCAGGAGGUGUUUUCGGUAUCAUGCAUGGCUAUACUGUUGUAGAACAAUUGAAGUCACCUUGGUUCUUUUUGAUGACACUUUUCACUACCAUUCAAAUGCUUCGUAUAAAUUUCUUUGUUGCUACCAUUAAGUCUCAAGAGUUGUAUUUGUAUGGUGGAGAUGAAAAGUUGGCAGUUAAGAUUAAUCAGUUUUUCGAUUUGGCGUUACCUUUGGGAGGUUUGGCUUCCAUCCCUUUUAUUGGGGUUUUGUUGGACAAUUUCACCACUCUAAGCGUAUUGAUUAUCUUGCUUGUAGUAUCUAUUUUCAUUGGUGUAAUGGGAUUGCUUUCAUUUUUACCAGCAACUUACGCAGGUAUCUUGUUGUUGGUUAUGUACAGACCUUUCUAUUACACUGCUGUUUCCGAUUUUUGUGCAAAGGUAUUUGGAUUUGAAACUUUUGGUACGGUCUAUGGUGCCAUUAUAUGUUUCUCGGGUGUUUGUAACAUCUUGCAACAAUUCAUGGACAAAGCUACCCAUGAACUUUUCCACAUGAACCCCACCCCAAUUAAUGCUACGUUGACCAUUUUAACGGCAGUUUUCGGAUUCAUGUUACUUGGAUAUGUGAGAUCUCAAGAAUUGGAAAUCAAGAGAAAGAAUUUGGAAUUGGAAGCACAGGAGGCGUCAAUUAGAAAUGUUCCUCACUAA